AGCUUUGUAGGAGUGCUAGAUUUAUCUUCUUUUCCUUCGUCUAUGGGGACCCCAGAAACCUCUCGAGAGCCAUGUCCUGAUCGUAUUCUUGACGAUGUUGGCGGUGCAUUUGGAAUGGGUGCAGUUGGAGGUGCAGCAUUCCACUUCAUAAAAGGCAUAUAUAACUCUCCUUCCGGUUCACGUUUAGUUGGAGGCUCUCAAGCUGUACGCAUGAAUGCACCUCGUGUUGGUGGUAGUUUUGCUGUGUGGGGUGGCCUCUUCUCCACUUUUGACUGCACAAUGGUCUAUGUUCGACAGAAAGAGGAUCCAUGGAACUCAAUCAUAGCUGGUGCUGCCACUGGAGGAUUCCUUUCAAUGCGUCAGGGAUUUGGUGCUGCUUCCAGAUCAGCAGUUUUUGGUGGGGUUUUACUUGCUUUGAUUGAAGGAGCUGGGAUCAUGUUAAAUAAGGUUCUGAGUGCACCUCAGAAUAUCCCGGUCAUGGAAGAAUCAGUACCAAACAUGGCUGGUGUACCUGGAUAUCCAGUGGGGCAAUUGCCAGGUCAAGCCCCAUCAAUGGUUGAGAGUCCAUCGCCGUCUUCGUCUUCAUCUUCUUCUUGGUUUGGAGGUUUUUUUGGUGGUAAAAAGGAGGAAUCAGCGAAAAGUAGUGGAAGUAAGACAGAGGUCUUGGAGAGUUUUGAUGCUCCUCCGGUGCCAUCGUUCGAGUACAAGUGAAAUGAACAGCUAAGUUUUCUUUUUUCUAUAACAAUGCUUUUUAAUCAGCAUUUCAGCA